CUAUCAAUCUGCCAGACACGCUGUCGCUGGUGGCGUCUGCCGCGCCUCUCAGGGACCGUAGAACCUGCAGCCAAACUGGCCCGGUCGUGGAUCUGUUUAUGAUACAGGUCCGGUCGACAGGGGCGCCACGAUCCGGCCGACUCUCGCCGCCCCAGGCCGGCUGCACUCGGCUCAGUACGGAUCUGUCUGUGUCGUGGAGAGCCGUGCCGCCUCGUCCGGCCGAGGGAUAUCUGUGUUACCAUGGCGACCAAGACGACAACGGCGCAGUGGAUCGACGCUAAUAAAGCGUCGUUCCUGCCCCCGGUGUGCAAUAAAAUGCUACACGGCGAUGGCCAACUGAAGGUGUUCUACGUUGGUGGCCCAAACGUGAGGAAGGACUUCCACCUGGAGGAAGGAGAAGAGGUAUUCUACCAGAGGCAAGGCGACAUCAACGUCGUGACCCUGCAAAAUGGCGAGUUCAAGGACAUCAAAAUCAAGGAAGGGGAGAUUUUUCUGCUGCCGGGUAAGAUCCCGCACUCGCCGCAGCGCUAUCAGGACACCACGGGGAUGGUGAUUGAACGGGAGAGGGUCAAGGACCAGGAGUACGACUGUCUUAGAUACUAUGUGGGCGAGACAACAAACAUUCUGUGGGAGCGCUGGUUCUACUGCGUCGACCUCGGGUCACAGCUGGGGCCGGUCAUCAAGGACUUUUUCGACUCUGAGGAGCAUCGCACCAACCAGCCGGGCCUCGGAUCCUUCAUGUGUCCGGCGUACUUCGAACCGGACCCCGUCAGACAAACGGAGGAGCCGUUCUCGCUGCAGCAGUGGAUCACCAAACACCGCUCCGAGCUGGACUCUGAGGGCAGUAAGCGGCUGUUCGACCUCACCUACCAGACCGAUGUGCUCGCGCUGGGGGAGGGCAAGCUGAAGGCGCACAACCCGCGCGCCGAGACCUUCCUCUGGCAAAUCGAGGGCAGCUGCGAGGUGGAGGUGUCCGGUGAGCUGCACACCCUGGAGGCCGACUCCACGCUCCUGGUACCCGCUGACGCCGUCUUCACGUCCUCCAGGCCCGAGGGUGGCGUCACAAUCAGCGUCACCAUGGACCCGCUGACCAAGAGCCGGGCCUUCGGCCACCUGAACCAGUGAUUGACAUCCCUAGCGCCAUCACAAUGGGCUGACCAGGGACGAGGAGUUCGGUCACCUGAACCAGUGAAAUACGACCUCCGGGCAUGCGUAGAACGGUGGAAAAAGACACCUGAGACUGAAAGACAGCUUUCGGAUACUACGACAGUGAACCACGCCCUCCAGACAUUUGUGACAGUAGACCACAGCAUCCGAGACAGUGGACCGCGACAUCUGAGACAGUGGACCGCGACAUCUGAGACAGUGGAUCCUCGACAUCUGAGACGGUGGACCGCGACAUCUGAGACGGUGGACCGCGACAUCUGAGACGGUGGACCCUCGACAUCUGAGACGGUGGAUCCUCGACUUCUGAGACGGUGGACCGCGACAUCUGAGACGGUGGACCCUCGACAUCUAAGACGGUGGACCCUCGACAUCUGAGACGGUGGACCGCGACAUCUGAGACGGUGGACCCUCGACACCUAAGACGGUGGACCCUCGACAUCUAAGACGGUGGACCCUCGACAUCUGAGACGGUGGACCCACGACACCUGAGACGAUGGACCGUGACCUCUGAGACAGUGGACCGCGACAUCUGAGACGAUGGGGACCCGCGACAUCUGAGACGGUGGACCGCGACCUUCGAACAUCUGAGCUAGUGGCAUACGACUCUCGAACAUCUGAGACAGUGUAACACGACUUUCUAAAGGCUGAGGAAGUGGCCCACGACUUUCGAACGCCUGAGACGGUGGAACACGACACUUGAGACACUGGACUAUUACACCUGUGAUGGUGAACCUCUGAGACAAAGAAACACAAACUUCGACUGCAUGGCCCGCAACGGUGAAGGUAUGACGUUCGAAGGUUGAGCAGGCACAGGGAACAGCAGCGGCACUAAAAAGUGGGCGGCGCGUGACAGUGCAAAGGACAGCAAAGGUCGGGGACCAAAAGUGCAAAUGUUUUAUCAAAAGGAGUGCACAUUGUGCCGAAGUUCAUGCUACGUACGGUAGAAUGGCUUUUUGGGGAAAGUGCAUUUUAAUUGGUAGACGCCGGGAGGUGCUAAUGCUAGGAUGUGCUUCAUGUAUUAGUGAUGUGGCUAUGUGCUUAGCAUAAUCUUUCCAUUAUAUACUCAUAUUCGUCAUGUUGUAAGUUCAAAACUGUGUUGAAUUAUCAAAUAAAAACAAAACAAUGUAACAUUUACUUUUGAAAUUCAUACCUGAAUGCUUGAAAUAUGCAUUGGACGUACCUAUAUAAAAUACACCAAUAGCCAAGAA